CUUGAUUAAAAUUGUACCAUAAUCGGGAUUUUGAUCGUAUGAGAACGAAAUAGGUGGUUUGACCUAAUUUAAAAGAAGCAGAACUGUUUUGGCGGAAAGGGCAAUGAAGAGGAUAUUCUUAAAUAAUAUCCUAUUAAAAAAAUUUUAUAAACAAACAUAUUAAAAUUAGGUCUCAGUCAAUCCCUUCCCUACGUCCCAUUUAACUCAUCGCUAAAACAGUUGUCCUAAUAUUGGAAGUAUGUAAGAAUCAACAUCAUUAUAACUAACUAAUUUAUUAAUGAAUAUAUUUUUACCAAGCCACUAGAAUUAAUUAUUUUAUUGGAGUUCAAUUAUUCUUAUUUUUAUAUCGUGCUUAGUAGUUAGUAGACGAUGUCAGAAUAUUACUAACUUAAACUACCUAGACACUACAUUAAAAUAAGAGCCAAACCCCAUGAGCUCUAUCCAUUCUUCAUGAAUAAUUUUGAGUUACACAGUAAAUAACAAUUAAAAUGAUAUUUUGGAGCAUUGAUCUUGAGUAUUAUCAUUUUAAAUGUUAUGUGUCUCUGUGUUAUUAAUGAUUUACCUUAUUAAUAUUAGUAUAUGUUAUGUUCUACAUGGUACUUAAAAUCUUACGAUUUUACGAUUCUGAUUUUAACCCAGUUUUCAAUUUUAGAUAAAAUCUUGAUUUUGACUGCAUUGGCUACGACGACCCAGGUUCAAGCUCUCGAAGCCAACCACAUGUGGGACAUUGUCGCACGCCCUCUUCAUGCUUCGAUUAUUGGCUCGAAGUGGGUUUUUGACGUCAAGUUGCAUCCGAAUGGUUCUCUUGGACGCUUUAAGACACGGGUGGUCGCUCAAGGCUUCAAGCAGGAAUUUGAGAUUGAUUAUGAGGAGACGUUUGCUCCUGUGGCCAAAAUGCAGACUGUCAAGACUUUGUUUGUUGUGGCCGCAUUACGAGGGUGGUGUCUUAAGAAGUUAGAUGUAAAGAAUGCAUUUUUGCAUGGAGAUCUAAAGAAGACCAUCUACAUGGAGUGUCCUCCAGGCUAUCUGGGUGGUGAUAAGUCUAAAGUCUGUUUGCUUCAUCGGUUUUUUUAUGGUCUUAAACACACAACGAGAGCAUGGUUUGAAAAGUUCCAGGAUACCAUUCUACUGGCGGGGUUUACUCAUAGUGACAAUGACCCUUCAUUGUUUGUGCAACGUAUAGAUCGGGGUAUUACUAUUUUGCUUAUAUACGUCGAUGAUAUGCUCAUAAGUGGUUAUAAUGUUGGCAGGAUUCAGGAGCUCACUGCCACUCUGCAUGCGACAUUUCACUUGAAGGAGCUUGGCGAUGUGUCCUAUUUCUUAGGAUUGGAGGUUCAACUAGGGGAGGCAUUCGGUCGGUUCGGUUCAAACCGAAUCGAAAUAAUGUAUACCGGGUUUCCGAGUUCCAUCAAAUCUCAAACCGAAUUAUAAUUCGGUUCGGUUGGUUCAAACCGAAUUAUAAUUCGGUUUGGUUCGGUUUUGUAUGAAAAACCAAAAUUGUGAGGUUAGCUUGUAUUUUUUCUCUUUCAAAUUAUUUUUCACACCUAAUGUAAACAAUAAAUAUGCAAUUAAAUGCAUCAUCAAUGAUAAAAUCAAACAUUUCAACACCUAACUCAUAAAACACUAACAUAAUUCAAAUAUUUAAGUCUCAUAAUAAGUACAAACACAAAAAUUCACCAUUAGGAACUUGCAAUUAUAGUAAUUCGGAAAAUCGGUUCGGAAUUCGGAAAUUCGGUUCGGUCGAAAGGACCUUGGUUUCCGAAAUAUACCCUUUUCUCUUCCGAAUUCCGAACCGAAGUAAUGUUAUUCGGUUUCGGUUCGGUUUGAAUUCGGUUCGGUUAGGUUCAGUUUUACCGAAAAGUAUGCCCACCCCUAGGUUCAUCGGUCUCCUGAGGGAUUGCUUAUGAGUCAACAAAAGUAUAUGGCUGACCUACUCGAAACGGCUAAUAUGGAAGAUUACAACCCAUGUGCUACUCCCAUGGAGCAAAAUCUAAAGUUACAUCAAUCUGAUGGUGACUUGCUCCUUGAGAGUUCCUCAUAUCGUAGUCUGGUAGGGGGUUUGAUAUAUCUCACUCAUACCAUACCGGAUAUUUCUUAUGCACUGCAAGUUGUCAGCCAGUUUAUGUCUGCUCCUCGCACAACACACAUGGUAGUGGUUACUCGCAUCUUGUGAUACUUGCAAGGUACAACUGAUGUGGGGUUGUUCUUCCCUUCUUCUGGUGAUCUGGUUAUUGACACAUAUGUAGACGUAGACUACCGCAGGGUGUUUGGAUACUCGUCGAUAUAUGUCAGGCUGGUGUGUGAAUUUUGGUUCCUCUUUUAUUUCUUGGCGGUGCAAGAAGCAAGAGAGGGUCUCCAAGUCUUCCACGGAGGCUGAAUAUCGUUCGAUGUCAGAAGUUACAUCAGAACUUGUGUGGCUUCGCCAAUUAGUGGCUGAGCUUGGUGUUACAUGUGUGAUUCUUAUGCGCCUGUAUGCAGAUAACACCAGUGCGAUUCGUAUAGCUAUGAAUCAUGUUCUGCAUGAUCGCACUAAUCAUAUCGAGGGGCAUGUUCACUAUAUUCUUCAGCACGUUGCCGAGGGAGUGGUCGAGCUAUCCUACAUUACUUCUUAAGAUCAAACGGCAGACUUGUUGGCAAAGGCAGUUGCGACUUCUCGCCAUUGGUUCUUCGUUUACGAAUUGAUGUUGCGUAAGCAUCAUCAUUUUGAGGGAGGUUAUUAUAAGUAUUGGGUGUCAAUUAUAAUUUACCAUUAUUGCGUGUGUUAGAAGGAUUGGUUAGUUACUUGGUUGUCCUUGAGAUAGGGUUAUUCGGCUAGGAUAAAUAUGUGGGUUAGGCGAACUUGUAACCUAAAAAUUUUUGGUGAAUACAAUUGACUCUGAGAGGUUGCUCCUCUCCAUGGAUUAGUCUCAACAAUACGUUGAGAAUACCACAUAAAUCGGUGUGUUUGUGUUUUUACCCUUUUGCUGAUUUUGUGUUUAACAAUCUUAUGAGCAGCUUCAAGCACUAUGGUGAAAACGACCUCAUUUGGGAAGGAACCAACAGAAUACUGAAAAGUUGGCAUGUACAUAGUGAUUGAACUAGUAAGGGAAAGAUACCUCAAAGAAGUUGUGGUGAUGAAUGUGAUGGACCAAACUAUUCUGGGUUACAAUAAUUUGCGAUGCGACCA